AUGUUCAACGUCGGCGAACGCUAUACCAACCUCAACUUUAUCGGCGAAGGUGCUUAUGGCACCGUUGCCUCGGCUCAUGAUCAAGUCACCGGUGACAUGGUCGCCAUUAAGCUCAUCACCCCCUUUGAGCACCAGACUUACUGCCAGCGCACCCUUCGUGAGAUCAAAAUCCUAUCAGCGUUUCGUCACGAAAACAUUAUUGACAUUCGCGACAUGAUCUGCGCGCCACGCAUCGAAGACAUGACCGAUGUGUACAUUGUUCAGGGCCUAAUGGAGACGGACCUUUUCAAGCUCCUCCGCUCCCAGCGUCUCAGCGGUGAUCACAUUUGCUACUUUACGUACCAAAUUCUUCGUGGUCUCAAGUACAUUCACAGUGCCAACGUGCUGCAUCGUGAUCUCAAGCCCAGCAACCUCCUGCUCAACUCGUGCUGUGAUCUCCGCAUUUGCGACUUUGGCCUCGCCCGCAUUGCCGAUCCCAAUCACAACCAUCAAGGCGUCCUCACCGAGUACGUCGCCACCCGGUGGUAUCGUGCUCCGGAAAUCAUGCUCAAUUCAAAGGCGUAUGACAAGGCCAUUGACGUUUGGAGCACGGGCUGCAUUCUGGCCGAGAUGCUCGGUUCCCGCCCCCUUUUUCCUGGUCGCCACUAUCUUGACCAACUGAACCGCAUUCUCAGCGUUGUGGGUACCCCCUCAGAGAGCGACCUGGCCUGCAUCCGCAACGAAAAGGCCCGUCGCUACGUACAGUCGCAACCUUUCUCUGACAAGGUGCAAUUUAGCCAGCUGUUCCCCGGCGCCGACCCUCGCGCCCUGGACCUGCUUGAUCGCAUGCUCACCUUCAAUCCAGACCGCCGCAUCACCGUCGAGGAGGCCCUGGCCCAUCCAUUCCUCAGCCAGUACUACGACCCCACGGACGAGCCCGUGGCAGAAAAGCCCUUCCGCUUUGAGAUGGAGCUCGAUGACUUGCCCAAGGAGGAACUCAAGCGUAUGAUCUUUGAUGAAGUGCAAAAGUUUCAGCUCUAA